AUGCGGCAUCCCCCGCCACAGCCCUGGGGUCACCUCACCCCACAGGGCCCAACCCCGGCAGGGCCCGGGCCGGCAUCCUCCGCUCCCCCGGGGCGUCCUGAAGCCGCGCCGGGAGGGGCCGCGCUGCCUCAGCCGGGGCCGGUGCGGGGACGGGCGGGUUCCGGCAGCGCCGCUCCCGCCGGCCGUGCCUGGCGCGCCCCCUGGCGGCGCGCCGUGAGGCUACCGGCGCUACCGGGGCGUGGGGAAGCCCCUGUGAGACGUGUGUCCAAGCUUUCAAAAGCUCCAUCAAAGGAACAGGAAUCCUGUCCUUCCCAGACACCCUGCCAGGCGUCCCAGCAACGGAACCGGGAUAUUAAGAAGGGCACCGAGGGAGCAGAAACCGGCUGCAGCUCCCUGGCUGGACUCUCCGGCAUGGGAAACCGUCAGUGGGUGGGAGAGCUGGAAUAGCCACUCCUACGGCUCCCAUCCAAAGCCAGAAAUGCAAAGAUAGGGAGAUGACAGGGACCGAGAAGCGAGGAAUGCGGAGGCCGGCGCGCUGUGGCUCUCCCCACCUGGUACCCAGGCCACCCAGGCCCGCUGCCAGAUGACACAGACCAGCCCAGGGGCUCCUCUCGGGUGCCAGCGCUCACCACCAACAAGUCCCAACUGAUUCCCUGGCAGCCCCG